GUUCUAACUGCCCGUACUCAGAAGUCAGAGUUGAGAGACAGAGGCACCCCGGACAGAGACGUGAAGCCCCGAAUAUCAACAUGACUGAACAGGCCCCCGAGCCACACGUGGAGGAGGCUGAUGAUGAUGACCUGGACGGCAAGCUCAACUACAAGCCUCCACCUCAGAAGUCCCUGAAGGAGCUGCAGGAGAUGGACAAAGAUGAUGAAAGUCUAACGAAGUACAAGAAAACACUGCUGGGGGACGGUCCUGUGGUAGCAGACCCAACAGUUCCCAAUGUCACUGUCACCCGGCUUACCCUGGUUUGUGACUGUGCUCCAGGACCAAUCACCAUGGACCUUACUG